CUUACGAAAAUUUGUCAACAAAAACAUGCGAAAAUUGUUCAGAUGCUUCCUUAUUUUGUUUUUGGUGUUAUUUUGCACAAUUUUAUUGUUUUUGGUGAUAAUGAAUGAUACAUUUGAAGAUGUAAGAGAUGAUUUUCUACUGAAUGAUUAUUUGAAUAAUAAUGAUGAGGAAAAUAAGCCUAGAUAUGAACAGAAAGAUUCCAUUCCAAAUGAAACUGUAACAGAACCAAUUAUCCUGUGGUGGACCCCCUUUACAGGGGAUGCAGGAAGUUACAAAAAAUGUGGGGAUGUUAAAUGUUUCUUUACAAAUAACAGACGGUACAAAGAUCAUGAUAAAUUACAGGCUUUUAUGUUUUAUGGAACAGACUUCAAGCCAUUUGAUUUACCUGUUCCUCGGAAGCCGAACCAUGAUUGGGGACUAUUACAUGAGGAAUCGCCAAAAAACAAUUACUUAUUCUCACAUGAAGAAAUCAUGGAAUUGUUCAAUUACACGUCAACAUUCCGUAGAGAAUCAUCCUACCCGAUAUCUACACAAUAUGUGGAUAGUAUAAAAUGGUUAGAAGAUAAAACAUACAUUGUUCCAGUUAAAGAAAAGAAUAAAUUCUUAUCAGAGUUAUCUCCCAUUAUUUAUACACAAAGUGACUGUGAGGUUCCAUCAGGGAGAGACCAGUACACCAAGAUGUUGAUGGAGUAUAUAAAUGUUGAUUCUUAUGGAACCUGUCUUCACAAUAAAGAUUUACCAACAAACUUAAGAGACCCUAUUGAAGGAAUGGAUCACAAGGAAUUCUACAAGCUGAAUGCUAAAUAUAAAUUCUCCCUGGCCAUGGAGAAUGGUUUGUGUCCUGACUAUAUGACAGAAAAAUUAUGGAGGCCAUUUCAUCUUGGAUCUGUGCCCAUAAUUUUAGGAUCACCUAAAGUAAAGGAGUUUUUGCCAUCAAAUCAUUCAGCAAUAAUCGUAGAAGAUUUCAAAACAGUGAAAGAACUAGCAGAUUAUAUAAAAUACUUGAACGACAAUGAUGAGGAAUAUGCAAAAUAUCUAGACUGGAAGUCCAAGGGUGUCUCAAAUCAGUAUUUUAAGAAAUUAUUAUCAGAACGAGAGUGGUCAGUUCAAAGUAACUGGGAAGAGGAGACAAUCAAUUUCAUAGAAGGUUUUCAGUGCCAUGUUUGUAAAAAGAUUCAUGAAAAAAAUGAGCGAGUCAGAAAUAAAAAAGAACCUGUGAAAUAUCAGGCAAUGAAAGAUCAUUACGGUUGCCCAGGUCCUGUGAGUUAUCAUAACGAUGGCAGGCGAAAGGAGGGAGGAAGCUCUUCCUGGGACUAUGAGUUUAAGAAAUCAAAAUAUUUAGCAGUAGCUGUGAAUAGACUUAUAACAUUAGGACAAAACUUUUCUAAAAAAGAUCUUUUUCAAUUAGCUAAAACAAUUAAGGAUGAACUAAGAUGACGUUAACCAAAUUAGAUUACAUAUACAGUCUAGUAUUUUAACAUUGGAGUGAGUUAAUUCAUUUGGUAAAAGUUUAAAAUAAUCCCUAUUCAAAAAAACAUUUUAUUUUGUUGGGCAUUUCCAUCAAAACUUUAAAAACUGGGCAAGUUGGCCUUGAAUUUGACAUAUAGAAUGUUUUCUUUUUGGAAUAAAUUCAAAUUUUGUUAUUAUUGGGCCUUUCUUAGCAUUAGAGUUUUGUUUUGCUAUUAAAGAACUGAGUUACUUACCAUGACUCAAGUCUUUGUAAUGUAUGUAAGGAGGGCAAUUUGUUUGUAACUGUCUCAACUUUGAUGUCUAUAACUUAUACAUGUAGUUCCUUUUUCUGUCACAUAUAUCAUUCUUAUGCAUAGAUGAAAUUUAUUGAGAGAUCAUGGAAAAACUCAGGAAUUGUUUGUUGCAUAACAAGUGGGAACCAUGUAGCUUUCUUAUUAUACAUAAUUAUAUAAGUCGACCUGUUGUUAUAUCCUUGUUAUUUAGUCCUUGGUGGUUAGUUGUCUUAAUUGACAUGCACUCACUUGGCCUUAUUCUUAUGCAUUCUGAAAAACACCAUGAAAAUAUUUUUUAUGAUUUUGAGGGGAAAAUUCAUUUUUAUUUUGUGACAGAAAAUUCUAUCAGUACUAUAUAUAUAUCAGUAUUUUUUAAUAUAUAUUUUUUAUAAUCUUUAAUUUUAUUCCUGCAAAGUUGCCAUAUGUCUUUCGGUUAGUGCUAUAUUUGCACAGUUCUAUGUAGAGGAGUCCCUCAACUAGUUAUUUACAAAUUUUACCUUCCAUGCAUGAAAUACUACAUAAAAUUGUAUAAUUCUAUGCUGUUGAGUGAAAGAGUUUGUUUUUUUUGCUUUAUUUAUUUUAUGGCCAAAAUGUUAUAUAUAUAUUUUAUUUGUUUCCAUGACUCUUGGCAGCAAACAAUUGGGGAGACAGGUACAGUGUACAGACAUAUAAAAUAUCUUUCAUGUAGAUUUUUUUGUAAAACUAAAUCAAAACAUUUUUAUAUUAUAUUAUAGCCAUGAACUGUUAGUUAAAUGAUGUUAUUGAUUUUUUUUGUUUUAGUGUACCAGCACUAUAAAGGGAAAUAUUCUGUACUAAUUUUUCAAGUCAGACUUUUAUAAAUUCUAAAUCAAAAUUUAGUCCUGGUGUCUAUGAUGAGUUUAUUUACAACCACUGGGUCGAUGCCACUGCUGGUGGAGAUUUAUUUCCCCGAGGGUAUAACCAGCCCAGAAGUCAGCACUUUUUAGGCUGACAUAUUUAUCAUUGAUAUGGUUAUUUUUAUAAAUCAACUGUUUACAACAUUUUGAAAUUUUUGAAAUACUAAGGCUUUUCUACAUCAGGAAUAGAUUGCCU